GUGGAUUCGAGCCCAUAUCGUAGACUCCAAAUCAGUUCUUGGGAAACCAUUCCUGGUGAUUGAGUUCGGCAAGUCUUCAAGGUCAGCUUGGUACAGUUUGCGUGCGAGGGACUCCAAUUUUGGGAACGUAUAUAACGCAAUCUACAGUUGUGCAACAAGUGACGGUCCAUAUGCUGGUGAACUAUUUUGGCAACUCAUGGCCUAA